AUGCGGGGCGUUCAAAUAUUCUCCGGCAGCUCCCACCCCGCCCUCGCAGAAGCCAUCUGCGAGCGGCUGGGCACCGUCCCUGCGAAAUGCGAGUUGCGAAAAUUCAGCAAUGGGGAGACCUGUGUGAAUAUUGGUGUUUCAGUGCGCAAUCAGGAUGUUUUCAUUGUUCAGAGCGGAAGCAGCAAGAUUAAUGAUAGCGUGAUGGAACUGUUGAUUAUGAUCUCAGCCUGCAAAGGUGGCUCGGCGAAGUCAAUCACAGGUAAUUAUUCUGGUCCCUCUGUUCUACCAUAUUUUCCCUACUCCCGUCAAUCAAAGAAGAAGAGCCACCGCGGGGCGAUUACGGCGCGAAUGCUAGCCAAUUUGCUAUCAAUUGCGGGCGUUGAUCAUGUCAUCACCGUUGACUUACAUGCGUCGCAGAUGCAAGGCUUUUUUGGGAAGCCUGUCGAUAACUUAUUUGCCGAAGCUCUGAUAGCGCGUUGGAUUAAAAUAAACGUUCCACGGUGGCAUGAGGCUGUGGUGGUUACCAAAAACGCUGGAGGAAGCAAGCGUGUCACGUCUUUGGCAGAUGCACUGAAACUGAACUUUGGUAUCGUCACAACCGACAGAAGACGGCAGAGAUACACCCACAAUUCCAUGACGGACAGUGCCAUUUUCUUUGAUUCAGUCGAACAUACCCUAGCAAAUGUCCGAAAUGCAGAGUUUCCUCUACGACAUGUUGCUCAUCGUGCUAGCUUACCCACUCGUGUUCGCCCUCAAGAUAUCAACCAGCAUCCCUCAUCGCUCGCGGAUCCCUUUAUUGAUGCAAAACCCAGUGCAUUAACACCCCUUGCUGAAGAGGGCAAGACUCCGCAGGCCGAAGUACCAGAAAAAAGCGUUAAUCAUGACGAUGAUGACGCAGGGAACGAGUACACCGAUGAGCGUGCCAGAGAGGUGAUAACCGGACGACUAGUCCAAGGCCAUUUAGUUGAUGACGACUAUCCCUCACCGAAUCUCUCUUCUACCUCUGCUUCAGUCUCCGUACUGAACGCUUCCAUGGAACGUGCGGAUACAUACGAUGGAGCCAUCCUCGACCCAAUGGCCGAAUCUGUCGUUUCGACGCUAUCAUCCUUCCAGCCCGAGCAUGCGCUUGGUGGUUCAUUCGAUGCCGCGGCCUCGUCAGACGAAGAAGAUGAAAAGGUGCAGAAUUCUAAUCACGAAAGGACAAUCACUCUCGUCGGCAAUGUAAAAGACAAGACCGUCUUCAUCGUUGAUGAUAUGAUUGACCGCGCGGGGUCUUGGAUUGCAGCCGCAGAAACGGUUGUGAAGAAGGGAGGUGCCAAGAAGGUAUACUGUAUCGCUACCCACGGCUUGUUCGGGGAAAAUUCACUUGAGCAGAUCGAGGAGUGUGACUGUAUUGAUUACAUUGUGAUAACGAAUACCUUUCCUAUUGAUCCGCAAAGGGCGAGAAGCAUGAGAAAGCUGAUCGUGUUGGAUGUCUCCGCGCUCUUGGCGGAGAGCAUCCGGCGCCACCAUUACGGGGAGAGAGCUACUCGAAACGCAACCAUCGCAAAAUGUGCCGUGCCCAAACCGUCAGCAGAUCCAGAAAUCCGACAGGUCUCGUCGCAAUUUCAUAUGAGUUGUUGGUGUGAACACCUUGAUGCACCCCAGCUUCAAAUGACCCGGAACGGAAAUCUUCUGCAGCAACUGUGGACAAAAUCCAAACCCGCAAGCUGA